ACUUGGGUAGGCAAUUUUUUUAUAGGCGACUAGACAGACUCAGUCCAAUAAGUGAAUAUGGUGACACUCAAGCACACUGGAGAAUGUUUAGGAGUAAUUUGCAGACGAAGGCUCAGGAAUACUGUCCCUGAAUCAGGCGUAGUGCAGGAAAAACAAACCUGCACACCGGUUCAGAAACCUCGGGCCGUGAGGUACCGAAAGCAGAAAAUCAUGACCAAACUCAGUGAUUCUGGUUUUGAGGAGGAUUUUCCCUUUGCGAGUCCAUCGCCUAUUCAGACACGCUUGCGUCAACCGGGCUCGGAGACAUCACGGAGUCUUCAUCGGCUGCUAUCAAAUUGGUAUCACAACUAUGGAGAGAUUGUUUACAACAUACAAAAAGACAACGAGAAGCAAUUUCAUCCCUUUAAGUGUUUGGAACGUCAACCCCAGGUGACAGCCGAGGCUCGGUGUAAACUGGUCAGUUGGCUCAUUCCUGUGCACUGGCAUUUCCGCUUGUCAUUCGAGUGCUCCUGUCUAGCGGUGAACAUCAUGGAUCGCUUCCUAGCCUCGACACCUGUGGCUGCGGACUGUUUUCAGCUACUGGGCGUCACCACACUCUUACUCGCAAGUAAACAGGUGGAGGUCUUCUCCCCAAGAAUCAGCCAGCUGCUCUCCCUGUGUUGCCAUGCCUUCUCCCGAGAGCAACUCUGUAACCUGGAGUGCCUCAUUCUGCUCCGCCUCAAUUUCCGUCUAGCCGCGCCCACUUUGGCUUUCUUCCUGGACCACUACACCAAUCACAGCUUGGCCGGACAGGAAGUGGGCGGGGACGUGGAGGACAGCAGGCUGCCUGUGGACGGAGGAGAGGAGGGAGGGCAGUUAAAGUCAGGUGCAGGCAGGUGCAGCAACCUGGCUCGCAGGGUGUGUGAGCUGAGUUUGGCGGACUAUGCCUUUAAUAAGUACCCUCCUUCCUUGACGGCUCUCUGUGCAGUGAGGCUGGCCAAUGAGCUUCUGGAGAAGGGACAGGAUCUUUCUGAACGCAUGGACCAAUCAGAGACUGAAGACAGGACAUGUGAUCCUGGAGAGAGCGAUCAGGGACAUUGCAUGGAUGAACGUGAUCAUACCUCUGUUGAUAAUGAUCAAACUUCGAUAUACGAGGAUCACACUUCAUCAGUGGGCGGUACUCAGUCAGUUACAGAACACAGCCCGUUACCGGGUAGCCCCGCCCUGAAUGACCUAACCCUGGAACACACCCCGUUACCGGUUAGCCCCGCCCUGAAUGACCUAACCCUGGGUUUGGAGGACAACACCCAAGGCCUUGCCCUGGAAUGCAGAGAUAACUUGAAACUGUUAGUGUCCCUGAACAAGGAAGCAUUGCUAGCUAUGAUAACAUUGUGAUGUGAUUACCUCAAAAAAAGCUAAAUAAAAAUAUUUACCUAUAGUUUACCUAUAGGU